GUUCUUGCAAGCAGAACUAAGUCAGUGUGUUACUUACUUGCAGAAGUAAUCAAUGCAAUAUCAACUGGCUGUUGCAGAGCAAUAUACAGAGUACAAGCUGCUUUGUUGUCACCGUUGUCAUACCCUGGUUUCCUGCAGUUUAACUGAAGUUCGUAAUCCUGCUCUACUACCUACUCCUACUAUCUACCUGUAGGAAGUGGAGUCAUUUUUGACUGAGUUUUAUUAUCCUUCUCCCUCUUCACCAGCUCUGUGCUGAUGUUUUGAAUUGUAUAAUCUUCCUAUUGUGAGGGCCACUGACUAUUCUCCCAUUUCGAGUUUAGGGUGCUUCUUAGUAAACAAAAAGUAGUACUACUUCUUAGUUCAUGUAGAAAUGGCUGCUCCACGUGAGCCAGACACGUCAGCUGCCGCACUGUCAGCUCAGACUCUUUCUGAUCCCGAGCGCGAGUCUAUCUAUGAGUCCAUCAAUGAGUUGUGCAACCCAGAAACUCGUGAGGCUGCCUUACUUGAAUUAAGUAAGAAGAGAGAGUCAGUGAGCAAUCUAGCGCCGCUGCUAUGGCAUUCAUUUGGUGUUGUGGCGGCUUUGCUGCAAGAAAUAAUGAUGGUUUAUCCCUUCAUUAAUCCGCCAACCCUCAAUGCUCAACAGUCUAAUAGAGUGUGCAAUUCCCUGGCUUUACUUCAAUGUAUCGCCUCUCACCCGGAGACUCGGACUUCCUUCUUGGCAGCACAUGUACCACUCUACUUAUAUGGAUUUCUGCAUACGCAGAGCAAGGCACGUCCUUUUGAAUACCUUCGGUUAACCAGUCUUGGCGUUGUUGGAGCACUUGUGAAGACCGAUGAGCCUGAAGUGAUAAACUUUUUGCUUACUACUGAAAUCAUCCCGCUAUGUCUACGCAUCAUGGAGCAUGGCUCGGAACUCUCCAAAACGGUUUCUACCUUUAUUUUGCAGAAGAUUUUGCUUGAUGAGACAGGACUGUCAUACAUCUGCCAAACUUACGAGCGAUUUUCGCAUGUGGCCAUGAUUUUGGGUAAGAUGGUGCUAUCCCUGGCCAAGCCCAAGGAUCAAUCUGCCAGGUUGUUGAAGCACGUAGUCCGUUGCUACUUGCGUCUUUCUGAUAAUCCCAGGGCCAGAGAAGCGCUCCGCCAGUGUUUGCCAGACCAAUUAAAAGAUCAGACAUUUGUUGCGGUUCUAAAGGAUGAUAACUCGACACGGCGGUGGUUACAACAGCUGAUGAAGAAUCUCACGGAGAGUGGCGCUGGUGCUAUGAUGUUGAAUGGAGAGCCACAGCGUAUGUAAACUGAAUGGAGUGCCACAAAGUCUGUGAGCCAUGAUCAUUGGCUGUGCAACAUUUAAGCUGGUGAUGUUUCUGUUGAAACAAAAGAGCUGCCUCUGGUUGGAAUUUGUGUUGCUCUUCUUUCGUCCAUAUACCCGGGACUCUAUCGUACGGUACGCUGUGUUUGUGUUGUAUAUAGAGUUAUAUAGAGUUAUCUGUGCCCGUGCUGUGUCAGUUCACGUGCAAUUGUGCAUUCAUAUUCAUAUGUUUGUCCAUAGAUGCAUGUACAUGUGUGUGUGUGUGUGUGUGUGUGUGUGUGUGUGUGUGUGCGUGCGAGUGCGAGUGCUGUGCUAGUGCGAGUGCUAGUGCUGUGCUAGUUCGAGUGCUGUGCUAGUGCUAGUGCGAGUGCUGUGCGAGUGCUGUGCGAGUGCUGUGCGAGUGCUGUGCGAGUGCUGUGCGAGUGCUGUGCGUGUGUGCCUUGCAGCUGGGCUAGGCAUACCGUCCCCUUUUUUAGUAUAUGCUGGGGUUGCAGUUUACAUUUAUGUUUCACACUUUACCUAUCUUCUGUACAUAUUCCUCUUAGAUUUUGAACAUACCAAUGCCGUCGCUGCUGCUGCUGCCAUCAUCGGCGUUACUCAUGUGCAAUCACUGAUGUUGAUUGUUGCUGCCGCUGUUGCCCUUUGUUUUGCGUAUAUACAUACCCCCCCCCCGCGUAUCUUGCACUGACUUUCAACGCAUUAUAAGCCGGUGACCUUUUGCUACGUUUUUGGUCUGGAUGUACCAUCAUGAAUGUCAAUCUGUGUGCUUUGACUCCCAUUGCGUGUACAUGAGCUGCUUGUACCACUGCUUGGUAUUCCAGGUGCGGCCUUGCAACCACCCUUA